AUGUUGAGAAUUUCCUUUACAUGCUAGAUAGAUUAAAUGAAAAUAAAUAUUUACCUCAUCCAAAAUUAGCAAGAGCUUUAGAUGUUUUAUUCAUUUUGCACGCUGACCAUGAACUCAAUUGUUCAACUGCUGCUGUUAGGCACUUGUGUUCUUCUGGUGUUGAUGUGUAUACUUGCAUUUCAGGAGCAGCUGCUGCACUUUAUGGACCUAAACAUGUAAACAUAAUUUUUUUUUUUUUUUAAUUUUAAAAAAUAAAUAAUAAGGGAGGUGCUAAUGAAGCUGUAUUAAGAAUGCUAGAAUAAAUUGGAAAAAAAGAAAACAUUCCAUAAUUUAUUUAAGAUGUAAAAAACAGAAAGUAAUUACUUUUCGGAUUUGGACAUAGAGUAUAUAAAAGUUAUGACCCAAGAGCAAAAAUUAUAAAAAAAGUAGCGGAAGAAGUAUUUGAAAUUGUUGGAAAAGAACCUCUUGUCGAAAUUGCUAUGGAAUUGGAAAAAAUAGCACUUCAAGAUGAAUAUUUUGUGA